GCUACAGCCAUUGACUGUUGUGGGCCAAUCAAUAUGGCAUCGAAUCAAUUUACCAUUACAUCGCCGCCGACGGAUGCGAUUUCCGCGUUGAAGUUCUCUCCCGCUCCCGAUUCGACGCGAUUCGUUGUAUCGUCAUGGGAUAAGAAUGUUUAUGUCUACGACUUGCGGGACGAGAACGGAGCUGCAGGUGAAGGGAAAUUACUACAGAAAUUCGAGCACCGUGCCCCGGUGCUUGACGCGUGUUUCGGAGCCACUGAAGACGAGAUCUUUACAGCCGGGUUGGACUGGGAUGUGAAGAGGAUCGAUAUAGCAUCUGCUAGUCAAACCGUCCUCAGCAGCCACGAUGCCGGCGUCCGCAGCGUUGUCUACAGUAAGGAGUACAGCAUGGUCAUAUCCGCCUCGUGGGAUAACACGUUACAUGUGCAUCGCCUUGCCGGUGACAGGAGUGUCACCAAUACGGCUUCAAUACCCCUACCAUCAAAGCCCUUCUCCAUGUCUCUCACAGCAACGAAGCUUGUUGUCGGCAUGGCCUCGCGAGCCCUACACAUUUACGAUCUAAAAUCACUUUCGCUCUUAACGGGGCAGUCGGAAGGAGGUGUGGCGCCGGCCAAGGUUGAAGUUGAGCCAUGGCAGCGACGGGAAAGCAGCCUGAAGUUUAUGACGCGCUGCGUUGCUUGCAUGCCCGAUGACGCCGGAUACGCUUCAUCUAGCAUCGAAGGGCGGGUGGCUGUUGAGUGGUUUGAUCCCUCAGCCGAGUCGCAAGCGCGGAAGUACGCCUUCAAAUGCCAUCGACAGACGUCGGAUGAUGUCGAUGUGGUGUAUCCCGUCAACUCGCUGGCUUUCCAUCCAAUUCAUGGAACAUUCGCAUCUGGAGGCGGUGAUGGUGUGGUGGCCCUUUGGGAUGGCAUCGCAAAGAGGAGGAUCAGACAGUACCAGAAAUAUCCUUCCAGUGUAGCGGCUGUGGCAUUUAGCUCUAAUGGGAAAUACCUCGCAAUUGCCAUCAGCCCAGGAUACGAGGAUGGAAAGGAUGAUCUUACUGACGGGACGGUCAGGAUCUAUGUACGCGAACUCGGGGAGACGGAAGCUAAGGGAAAAGGCGCGAAAUAAUGGAGCAUAAUCACG